AUUGCGCGUUAUUUAAACAAAUCAAUAAUGAAGAGAAUAGAAAAAGUUGGAUUCUAUUUAAAAUCUAAUCUCCAUAGUUAUUUGAUUAUUAAUUCUUCGUACUAUCCACACAUAAUUGAUGUAUACAUCACAUCACCAAAUCAUUUUCCUGUAAGAGGAGUUAUUGAAUUAACCCCUGGAUAUAUUCAUCAUGUACAAAUAGAAAUGGUACGUCAUCAACGUAACCAAGAAAAGCGACGGUGUCAUAAAGAAAAGUAUUCAGCAAUGAUAUACGACGCUGAUCUAGUGACAAAACGUCGAAUUUAUGAUACUGGUGGAGAUUUAUGCCAUCGAUUAUUGUCACAAUACUUAUAUCUACAAGAAUGUCAUUGUUAUAGUCCAUUUCUCCCGUAUGGUUAUUUCCCUGAAUUACUUAAUAUAACUGAUAGUAAUGAUCAUCAUAAUAAUAAUAAUAAUACGAACACCAAUGGACCAAUAUCUCAGCCAGUCUUGUGUUUGAACAUGUCAAUAUUCAGUGACUAUCAGUUGGUGGGAAAUUUGAAUUGUAUGCACCGUGUACUCAAAAAGUAUAGUAAUGCCAGUUUAUAUUUGAGCUUAGCGAAAGCUCAACAUUGUGAAUUCUAUGCACAAUCAACAAAUUGUGAUGAAGUGAAGUAUAAUCAUUUCGGUAUGGUGAAUAACCCAAUGGCAGAUUUAUGGGGUAGUGCGCACUAA